AUUUGAUGCAACAUCUUGCAUCCGGUAGCAGUAAAAGCAGAACUUGACUUCGGUUGAUAGGUAGGGGUUUUCCCAUCAUCAUGAGUAACAUCACCUCUUGCAUGGAACCUCAGCCCCUUACCUCCUCAAUCCUGAAACCCAUUCUCAUUUUGGAGUUUAUUUUAGGAUUGCCUGGAAACAUCUUUGCUCUGUGGAUUUUUUUCUUUAAAUCUCCAUGGAAAGCAUGUAACGUCUACCUAUUCAGUCUGGUGACAGCUGACUUCCUACUGCUCACUGGCCUACCUUUCCGCAUAGACUACCUGUUUCGUUGGGAGGACUGGAUAUUUGGGGAAUCGUUUUGUCGCUUUAUCCUCUUUAUCAUUUCUGUGAACUUCUCCGCCAGCAAAGCUUUCAUGUGCAUUUUAGCAGUCGACCGCUUCUUCAGAAUACUUCACCCACACCACCCCAUUUGUCGAAUGACUGUAAAGCAAGGAAUAAUGAUAGUUAGUGCUGUUUGGGUGGGAAUUGUCCUGAUUCGCCUUCCAUCUGCUUUGACCCUGGUUCUCCAAUCCCAUAAAAACUCUUCAAAGCUCAUAUGUCAUGAUUUUCUCUUGUGGACAUCACCAUCAUUGGGAAUGAAGGUAUACAACACAGUGCAGCUUAUGGAAGUCCUGAUAGCGUUCAUAUUGGUGCUCUUCUGUUUUGUGAAAGUUUUCUCCCACGUCCGUGGACGCCAGCUUAAAACACACCGCAGGGUGACACGAUCAGUGAGGUUGAUUUUGAUUCUCGUGAUCAUGUUUGUUAUCUGUUUCAUACCUACAGCAAUUUCCGGCUUUUUACUUCAGUGGUUUUCCUGUUCUGCACAUCUCCAGCUAAGUCUCCAUAUCUCUUUAGCCCUAACCUAUAUGAACAGUGCACUGGAUCCAAUCAUUUAUUGCCACUGUAAUGCCUGGUUCAGAGACACUCUGAAAAUCAAAGCCAAUUCCAUUGGCCAAACAAAGUUUCAGCUGAGUGUCAAGACCAGAAAACGUUAACUUGUGAAAUGGUUACAGUUUUUUACUUGCAAUCAUUUGUCUAUUUUCAUCACCACUAUAACAAGUAUUCUUACAAACGAACUUAAAGGGACACCCCACUUUUUUUGAAAAUAUGCUAUUUUUCCAGCUCCCCUAGAGUUAAACUUUUUUUACCGUUUUGGAAUCCAUUCAGCUGGUGGUAAAACUUUAAGCAUAGCUCAGCACAAUCCAUUGAAUCUGUUUAGACCAUUAGCAUUGCUCUUAAAAAUAACCAAAGAGUUCCGAUAUUUUUCCUAUUUAAAACUUGACUCUUCUAUAGUUACAUCGUGUACUAAGACCGACAGAAAAUUAAAAGUUGCGAUUUUCUAGGCAAUAUGGCUAGGAACUAUACUCUCAUUUUGGCGUAAUAAUCAAGGACUUUGGCUGUAACAUGGCUGCAGCAGGCGUAGUGAUAUUACGCAGCACCUGAAAAUAGAUCCCUGCUAUUGAAAGUAACCAAGGGGACUAUUUUUGGACAGUGUGUAAUAUCACUACGCCUGCUGCAGCCAUGUUACAGUCAAAGUCCUUGAUUAUUACAAUGUAACUAAAAGAGUCUUUAAAUAGGAAAAAUAUCAAAACUCUUUGGUUAUUUUUGGUGAUGCUAAUGGUCUAAUCGGAUUCAAUGGUUUAUGCUAAGCUAUGCUAAAAGUGGUACCGCCAGACCCGGAGAUCAGCUGAAUGGAUUCCAAAACGGUAAAAAGUAAAUGUUUAACUCUAGUGGAGCUGGAAAAUGAGCAUAUUUUUUUUAAAGUGGAGUGUUCCUUUAAAUCUGGACUGUGCUUUUUAUUGUUACAAACAAAAUAUCAUAAGUUUAUAUUAGUUAAACAUGCUUUCCUAUUCACAGUAAACACGCAUUGUAAUGCGUUUUUUUAUUGGGCAUAUUUCAGUAAAUGUGUGACACAAUGAAACACAACAUAAAUGUAUGAGGCAUAGAAAUCAAAAUUAGCUCAUCAUCACGAUCACAUGCUAUAUAAACAGCCUGGAUAUUAAAUAUUCCUUUAGAGGAAUGCUUUAAAUUAUUUAGACCUCUGGUCGAGGUCAAAGAAGAAAAUAUCCCUCUCAAGUCUGCAUGCCAGUACAUUUCUUACUUUAGGAGAUCAGAUUGGUAUUACUGAGAGAAAUGUGAAGAUCUUUUAAAUGUCCUAUUCUGAAUGUACAUUUAAGGGUUGGAAAUACUGGCAUGACCUCCACAUAUUAUAUAUACAGUAACAAAACGGCAUCAGUUAAAAGAAUCUAUUGAACAUGCUCUCGGUAAAGUCCGUAUUUAAAUAAAGGAAUCGCCAAUAACACAAUACAGUCUGACAAUGAUGUCCAGUCCUGUCUUAAAUACAAUAUAAAAACAGUUCACAAACUUGUACUUGUCAUGAUACACACAGAAGAUAUAGAGAAAUAUAGGAAUCCCCUCGAUGCAGAGCAAACUGAACUAAAACAAAGAAUACAAUAAUGCUUCUCAAAAGAGUCUUGGUCAGCAUCGAUCUGUACAUAAUACCUAUACUGUAUUUGUCAUGGCCACCAGUUUCAUCCCUA